UUGCCAGGAGCCGUGUUUGAUGUUGCCACGCAACAAAAUAAACACGAUUCGCCGAGAAUCUUGCACGUGAAUUCAUUUUACUGAUUUUUUAUCGUAUUGCUCAGUUUUGCACAGAUUAUUAUAAUAUUAAAACCUAACAUUAUACAAACAUGGAGGAUACGAGCGACUCGGAGAAGAUGGAAGCAGAGGAAACACCAAAACGGAGGGUUUCGGUGAAUUCAAAGCAGGUAGCCUUCAUAACGCCUAUAACGUCAUCAAUCACCCAAAACGACACAAUUGCGGGGCCCUCACCAAGUAGCAGGUCUUCGUCGCCGACUCCACCAGCACCUGAACCUUCUCCUCAAUCGGAAGUCGUCUCUGAACAGCCAGUUGUAGAAUUAUUCAAAGCGCCGCCUAAACCGGAAAAACCUAAGCCAGUGAAACCCCCCGUGAAAAUGGAUCCUCCGCCCGAACCAGCUCCAUCGGUUUCUGAAGAACUACCUGUACUUCAGCAGGUUGGGUCCGACUUCUUCAAUGAUUUUCAAUUGAAGCCACUGCCUGAGAAACAUUUUAAUUUAACGCCUGAUUUAGAGCAUCCCGUGGCUGGAUAUCAGCCCAAUGAAUUGGGCUAUAAUCUCAAGCCUAGUGAUGUAGACCUGAGUCAACUGCUAGCCGCCGACCAUCCACUGCUGGACCGCUUCCAGAAAUCAUUGAAAGAGCAACUUAUGAAGAAAAUUUACUCUAUGCAAGAAGAAGUCGCUGAUUUAAUCGAAGGUUGUAAGACUAAGCGUGUCGAAAAGGAAACGUUGGGCACCGAAGCGUUCGAAACGCAGAAAACAGCAACGAAACUCGGACACAACAUACGUGUCACCCUGAAGGAUCUUGAAACUGUAACGGCUGCGCGUGAAGAACUUGACAUGGUAUAUGCAAAGACACUCGAAGACUUCGAUUUUGAGAAGACUGACAAUAUGGCAGCGGAACACGAUGAAAUUAAUUUGCGCGUUGAGUUGGAAGCGGUGGAUAUGCUCCUGAAGCAAAUGCGUGACUGGGAGGCGGAAUUGGAGAAUGAAUUGAUGAUAAACCAACGAGUGAUGGAUUUCACCACGAAGACAAAAUCGGAAUUGUAUAAGGAACAGAAACAACUGGAUGUGCUUGUGUAUAAUCUCAUGAAAGAUGUUUGGAGACUUGAAACUGAGGUGGAAAAGGUCCAAAUGCAAAUCAGGGUGAAAGAGGAAGACCGGGAGCGACUAGCUGAAGCGGUUGCCUUGUCUAAUAUUGAUAUUGAGUCCAACCAAACAGAGUACCGUUGCCUUGUGCAUGGUUGGCAGUCUGUGCUUCUAACAAUUAGUCAAAGAGAUAAAUAUUAUAACGGUCUACAAGCAGAACAUACGAAACUAAAUGAUGCUCUAUCUGGAGUAAACUGUGAAUUGAUCCACAUCAGGAAGGAAAUUCAACGAGAGCACAUCGAAAACGAGCGCUUGACUCUAAUCAAAGACCGCCUAGAUUAUGAGAUGAAAAACAUCACGAAGUCUUUACUCAUCGAGACAGACAAACGUGACGAAUACCUUCGAAUCGUCGCUCAGUAUGAUAAAUACAUAGAAGAAAACAAGAAACAACAGGAGAUACUAAAAGCAGAAAUUGAACAGAUUAAGGAAGAGGAGACUGGCCUAGCGCGCGAGUUAGAAGCUCUCAACCAGACGAAAUAUCAAAUGGAACAAGAUAUAAUUAUUCAUUUACAAAGCAAUGCUUUCAAUAGUGAUGCAUGCAGGCAAAUGGCGAACGUCCUGAAGGAUUUCAAAGAAGAAAAUCGACACAUGCGGAUCAAUAUCGCCCGAGUUGAAGGACAAAUUAGUAACACACACGCGGAAUAUCAAUAUUUACGAAUGGAGAAUGACGAAGUAAGUGAACAACUGCGAGAUCUCAAGAUGACAAUGGCCGCGGAAGACAAGGAGCUGUUAAAUAUAAAUAGAGAUUUCGAAAAAAGCGAGAAGCUAUUAGUGAAGAAUAUUCUGUUAUACGAGCAGUUGAAACUGAAAGCAUCCGGAGAUGCUGCGCAAAAGAUUGAACUCUGGCCCGAAGAGGUGCGUAUUCGCCAAUUGGAGGCUUCCAACGCUGAGCUGAUGGAAAAGAAUAAAGCGUCGCAGAGUUUCUGGUUGAGAGAGCAAGCAAUUGUUGUGGAAUUAUCGGAGAAACGCCAUGCGCAGAUGAAAGAAAUGGAUUUGUUAAAGAAGCAGAUAUGUGUAAUGGAUCAAAAGAAUCUGCACAUUAACGACACGCUCGAAAACCUGCGUACUCUCGAACAGACGCUGCGGAGAAACAUUAACGGCUACGAGAAUAGACUGAAUGCUCACACGAGUGGUCUGCAUAAGAAGCGCAAUGAUAAAACAGCGCUGAAUGCUGCCAAUCAAAAAAUUCAGGGUGAGUUGCAAAUGAAACUGGAGGACAGCGAAUUUGAGGCUUUGCGCAUGAAAGCGGAGAUUAUAGAGAUCGAGGAAGAGAAAUACUCGCUGAGUCGGGAGUUGAUUGACAAGAAUCGUGAGGUUUUGUGCUGGGAGAAAAAGGUGUUGAUGGUUUUAGACACACGCAAGCAAAUGCACGAGAGUCAUGGCGAAAGCGGUGAACUCGCACAAAUGAGAACAGAGAUUCACCGUAUGCAUGUAAGGUACUCACAACUGAAGAAAGCGCAAGAUAAAUUAAUCCACGAUUUGGAUAAUUGCAUCUUCCGUCGUGAUUCUAUUGUUACCUUAGCCGAAGCGAGAACUCGGGGUCACAAAGGUGGUUCGCAACAGUGGCGGGUUAAUUUUAACAAGAGGCGCGACGAUCUCAAGAAUAAAUUUACACAAUUGGAACAAGAAUUUAAUGUCAUUCAAGAUAAAACUGAUAUGAAAUCGAGGGAACUCCAAAAGAUGCGUGAUAUAUUAAAAGCAGAGAGAGCUAAAGUGGCUGAACUCAAGAAAUUUAGAGACGAGGCUUGGGAGCACGUAGAACAAGCGAAAAUCAAGCGACAAAUGAAUCUGGACGUCUUGAUGUACAAACAACGAAAACUGAAAACCUACAUUGAAUUAUCACGUGGGAGAGCGCCAUUUAUGUAUUUCAGAACUCAAAUGGCAGCUCACAACGCAUACGUUCGAGAACGCUCGCUCAAUACGAAGAUGCGACAGCUCGUUGAAGAACUGCAAACCGAUCUUCCGAAACAUAUCAAUUUCCUGACGAAAUGCCAUAAUUCGCUGGUCCUACCAGCAGUAAAACUGUAAUUUUUUCUAGGAAACUCCAAAUAUUCGUUUAUUUUUACACGAAAUCAUUAGUGUAACACCGGAGGAAUCAUUAAUCACGUUUUUGCGCAUCAAAAUUAUUCGAAAAAGGUAAAAUGGAAGACGUCAUAAUAUUAAAGUCAGUAAUUACGUUCUAGAGAAACAAAAUACAGUCUCAAAUCAAGCGCUCAA